UGAAUUAAUAUUUCCUUGGCAAGCCCAGGGGAGCUCGUUAAUGCUCCUUGGUGGCUGCCGAGGCUCCAGUGUGCUGCUUUCUCCUCGGGCAGCCGCGUCCCGGUCGCUGCGGGGUCCCCAGGGGUGGCAUUUUUGGGCUUUUCCUCCGUCGCUGCUGGAGCCCAGCCCUGUUCCCACGCGGGGCCGCCCUCCAGGCGUUCCGCCCCGCCCCUUCAUGCAUAUUCAUAUGAUUCAUAUGCAUAUGCAUGAGCGCUCUGCCGGAGCCGGGCUCCGUGCUCGGCAUGGGCAGCGCGGCCGCGCCGCUGCGGGUGCUGCUGGACAUGGACGGCGUCCUGGCCGACUUCGAGGGCGCGGUGCUGCGGGAAUUCCGCCGCCGCUUCCCGGCGGAGCCGCGCGUGGAGCUGGCGGAGCGCAGGGGCUUCUCGGUGCGGGAGCAGUACCGCAGCCUGCGGGAGGAGCUGGCGGCCAAGGUAGCCAGUGUCUAUGAGUCACCUGGCUUCUUCCUAGACUUGGAUCCAAUUCCAGGAGCCCUGGAAGCUGCGCAGGAGAUGCUCCACAUGCAGGAUACUGAAGUCUUCAUUUGCACCAGCCCUCUCCGGAAGUACGAGCACUGCAUCGUGGAAAAGUAUCAGUGGGUAGAGAAACACUUGGGACCCGAGUUCGUGGAGCGGAUUAUUCUGACCCGAGACAAGACCGUGGUGGCUGCUGACCUGCUGUUCGAUGACAAGGACACCAUCCAAGGCGCGGAGCCGAACCCGAGCUGGGAGCACAUCCUGUUCACCUGCUGCCACAACAGGCACGUCCAGCUGCCGGCCCCGCGCCGGCGCCUGCGCUCCUGGGCCGACGACUGGAAGGCCAUCCUGGACAGCAAGCGCAGGCAGUAGUCCAGGAAGGGCAUGCUGUGCUCUUCCCGCUGCCAGGAAACAACCAGCCUACCCCUGCCAUGCCCAGGAGGCACUGUCACUGCAGGGAUCAUGCAAGACAUGAGCUGCUCCUGUCAGACACGGUGCUCUGGGUUUCUGGAAGAUUGCUCUGCACUGUUAAUCUGUGUAGUGUUUUGGAUGUUUGCUGUUGGAGAAGAGAAACUAUAAACUACAAGCAGCUGU